AUGGCAGUUAACGUGUUUACCAUUCUUCAACUGAUCGUCUUUGUCGCCAUUGUAUUUAAUGUCAACCUCCAUUCAGUUUCUGCUGAAUCAAAAGAACCAAGUGCCUCCGAAGAAUCUGGGAAGUCAAUCGAGUUAAAAUAUUGCGAAACAAACUGUACAAAGACAGACGGAGAGUGGUGCGGAUGCACUGAUGGCUGCAUCUGUGUACAUGCUGGUGACAGCGACGAAGGUCGCUGCUUAGAUUUAGGUGACACUGUCAUCGACACACGAGGAGGUUAUUACUGA